AUGGCAUUGGCAGCAGAUGGAACUACGGGCGCAGCACCCACCAACAAGGCCUCGGCCUCGGAGUCGUUGAUACCCACCCUUUUGAAGUCUGCUGUUGACCAAACCGUCAAAGCUGUGACCGCAGUGGUUCAAACUGAGAUCCGCGCACUUCCAAAGCAAAUAAUUGCGGCAGCUGUCUCUCAGCGAGCUGCAGAACCAGUCAAGGCCCGAGCAAGGCGCAGGGAUGCCUCUGAUGGCGAGGAAUCGGGUCAGCCCAAGUCGCAGCAACUAUGGAACGACGCAUAUGACCUGUUGGAGGGCGAUGAUGCAACAGCUGCCAUUGUCAAAUCAUAUGCCGCUAUGCUGACAUUUGCGAUUACUGGAGAUGACGGGAAGCCUCAGCCCGAGACGUCCGCCUUGAUGGCCGAGCUGAAGGAUCCCGUGAAACGCCAAGCUCACAUGCGAGAAUUAGUCAAAAAGGGCCGUGAAAAGUUUGCUGGCGAUUCGAAAACUGCUCAAACCGUGGGGGAUGUGGCUUCUUUCAUCCUUCAAGCCCGGGGAAUUAUCGAUGUGGCAAUCAAGAAUGUUCCUCAAGCAGCUUUGCCAUGGGCGGGUGUUUGUGUUGGACUGCAGAUUCUCACCAACCCGGCGAGAGUGUCGCGGGCCAAUCUCUCUGGUAUAACCCAUGUCGUUUCUCGCAUGGACUGGUACUGUUCGUUGGUUGAUCACCUUCUCGACGAGCGUAGCAUCAUUGAAAGCCAGGAGCCUGCUGUGGUAGUCAUGCAGCGUCUCGAAAGCUUAGUUCUGAAUCUUUACAAGAGCCUACUGCUCUAUCAGAUGAAAAGCGUCGUUUCUUAUCACCGGAGUUCCAGCCUGACCUAUAUUCGCGAGCUGGCUGCUUGGGACGACUGGGAUGGAGACCUCAAGGUUAUCAAGACUGCGGAAGAGGCAUUGAGAGCUGCUUCCGUACAGUACAAUACCCAAAGCUCUCUCGAACGCCUUUCUGAGCUGUUACAACAGGGGGAUAUGAUGCAAUCGACCUUGGGAAACGUUCAUCAAGACCUUCGAGACUUCAUCUCGGCUCAGAAAGAAAAGGUGGCCGACGACAAAGACUCAGCAUGUCUUCGAGACCUCUUUCUCGUUGAUCCGAUGCGAGAAUUGGAGAGGCUGGAGAGGAGAAAAGAUAAGUUGAUUGACAUCGCCUUUUCAUGGGUUUUGGGCACAGAGGAAUUCGCUUCGUUUUCCAACUGGACCCAGUUUGAUGCUCGACGUAUGCUGUGGAUCAAAGGAGGGCCUGGAACUGGCAAAACCAUGCUUCUCAUGGGCAUCGUCCGGGAAAUUUCUCUUCAGUCCGCAGCGUUGGCGCCCAGUGUUUCUUACUACUUUUGCGACGGCACGGCAGACCAAACCAGGAACAAUGCAACUGCAAUUCUCCGCGGCCUGCUGUGGUUGCUUCUUGUCCAGCAGCCACGCCUGGUUCAACACUUGCGCUCCAGGCAUAAAUUUGCCGGACCAUGUCUCUUCACAGACGCCAAUGCUUUCAGUGCAAUGUCUGAAGCUUUCGAAAACAUGCUCAAAGAUCCUGCACUGACUCCCGCGUACUUGGUUGUAGAUGCCCUGGAUGAAUGCAAAAACGGCGCCAACGACAUGAUCCAGUUAAUAUUCAAGUCUCUCCGUCUUUCCGACAAGGUAAGAUGGUUGGUGUCCAGUAGACCUGGUCUUGAGCUGUUGAAGCCAGGUAUGGGCGAGGCUCUGGUUGAACUGGACGCCCAGAGGCUUCAAGGCCCGGUUCAUGCCUACAUCACGUACAAGCUCUCCAAACUGAGACGAGCCUCUGCUUUUAAAGAUGAGACUACUUCUGUGGAACUUUCCAACGAGAUCUGCGACAGAGCCUCAAACACCUUCCUUUGGGCUGCCUUGGCAUUCAGAGAGAUUCAGAGGACCGAAAGCAAAGAUUUCGAAAGCAAAGAUGUUCUUGCGACGAUUAGAAAAUUGCCUUCAGGACUACCAGCACUCUAUAGCUACAUGAUGAGCAAGAUUGAGGGACAUCACGGGUUGACGCAAAUUCGGUGCAAAAAUGUUCUUUCCGCCGUGUAUUUGGCAUAUCGGCCCCUGACCCUGCGAGAGCUCGGCGUGGUAGCAGGCCUUGGCUCUCCAGUCAAACCCCUGAACGUUGUAAAGGCAUGCGGCCCGUUGCUUACCAUGACAGGUAGAGUGGUGUCUCUUGCUCACCAGUCCGCCAGAGACUAUUUGUGCGAGACGUAUGGAAAACUGCUUGAACAAGGCCACCCUUUGAUAAGCCAUCAAGACAUGGCUUUACGAUCACUCUCCGAAAUGCAGCACACGCUGAAGCAGAACAUGUAUUGCUUGCCCGGAAAUGGGUACUUUCCACGGGUUCUCGGCGAUGCAAUAAACGGAUCCGAAAACGACCCGUUGGCAGCAGUCGCCUAUUCGUGCACAUUCUGGAUGCACCAUCUCUGCGACGCAACCGACUCGGCUACUUCUGUGGAGCUUGUGACGCCCAAAGAGGUGCUUGCGUUCCUCAAGGGGUAUUUUCUCCGCUGGAUAGAAAGCCUUUCGCUUCUAGGAAAGUUGCAUGAAGGCUUGGAGUCGUUGAGGAUGCUCGCUGCUCAGUCGCGGUUCGAAUCUUGUGCUCCUCUGAGGCGGUUUUUAAAGGAUGCAGAGAGGUUCUUGAUUUCCCACCAAUCCACUAUCAAAGCGGCGGUCUUGCAAACCUAUGGUACCGCCCUGCUGUUCAGUCCCGCCGAGGGCAGGAUACGAGCAUCGGGGUGGGACGAGCGGCUGGAUUUCAUACGCGGCAUCGUCACUACGCAGCAGAUUGGUGACUCUAGCACUCGUACCCUGGAUGGCCGGUAUGGCUCGGUCACCGCUGUGGCUUUUUCUGAGGACGGUCGUCUGUUCUCCACGGGCACUGAAGGGUCUCUGACUGUGUGGGAUACCGAAGCUUGGAUACCAAUCUGCACAAUAUUCCUUCCUGAUUGCAACGGUGUGGCGGAAGAGCUGAGCUUUUCCCCCGACUCCACAUCCAUACUGGCAGUGUAUGGCGAUACCUUGCACAUCUGCAGCCUGGAAACAAAGACGCAGCUGCGAGCCAUUACGCAUUCUGAGAAGCAAAGGAUAGCGUGCGCAAACUUUCAUUCAGAUAACAAAAGCAUUGUCAUGGUUCUCAGUGACGCAACAGUCUACAUGUGGGACGCAACUACGGAGGACAUUCAACAGAUAUUCACGGCCAAGGGGGAAACCAAGAGUAUCAUGGCCCUGUCCCCAAACAACCAAACCCUGGCCGUCUCAAUGCUGGAAAACCUGAUUGGCAUCUGGGAUAUUGCUACUGGCACGGGUCACAGUGCUCGUGUGCUCAAGCGCCAUGACGAGGCGUUCCGUGACUUUACGUUUGCAGCUGAUAGCAAGACGCUCGGUUCGGUUUCAACAGACGGCACGAUUUGUCUCUGGGAUAUCGAGAGCGGUAUGUGUAAGCAGAGUUUCAGCCCAGGAUGGAACAAUUGGCCGACAAUAGCCCUGUCGCCGGAUCUCAAGAUCAUGGCCAUGGGAGGCCUGGAGGACACCACGCGUCUUCUUAACAUGGAAAACUGGAGCCAGCAGGAAGAGGCACAUAGCCACCAUGGUCGGGUGACAGAUGUGGUGGUAUCCCCCGACAGGACUUCCGCGGCUACCGCUUCUCACGACAAGGAUAUUCGACUCUGGGACAUGGAGCGAGGUCAGUGCCUGCACCGAUUCAGCGGCCACCGGGACGCUGUUCAUUCCGUUGCCUUCUCCCCGGACGGACAGAGACUGGCUUCCGCAUCGAGUGAUAGAACUGUUCGAUUAUGGGAUGUUGGGACCGCUGAGUGCCUCCAGACUUGGACGGGUCAUGCAUCGGCAGUCAGAACGGUUGCGUUUGCACCAGACGGGAAGACGGUGGCCUCCUUUGCUGAUGAUGAAACCGUCAGGUUGUGGACUGUUGAGACAGGGUCGAGUCUGCCGAUAAAGGGACAAAGCGACUCCCACUGCUGCAUCGCCUUUUCCAACGACGGCAAGACCUUGGCCUCGGUCAAUGCCGACGGGGCGGUUGCACUGUGGGACACCGAGACAGGAAGCCGAGCGCAUUCCUUUGACAAGGAAGAAGACGAUUGCCCCAUGGCGCUGGUGUUUUCCCCCGACGAUUCCAUCAUCUUCGUGGGCUCGGCGAAUGGAUGCAUACAUGCACUCGAAAGAGCAACCAAUUCCAGGCGAAAGGUAGUUGAUCAGCAAGAGUCGUUUUCGCACAUGUCAUUCGCGGAUGACGGCGAGACCAUUGUGACCACGGCCGGUUCCGUGGCAGGCAGCGCCUCUGGCCAAACGGCGCUGAACAAGAAGCUUCCAGAGAAGACUCUCUUCGUUUACAAGCCGGUGGCUUUUCCUGGCAUGGAGGCGGAAGCGAGGCUGGGCGAUGUCUGGAUAGAAGGAAAAGGAAUUCUGAUGCUGUUGCCAAACAACUACGCGACCAGCGUGCUAGCAGUCUGUGAAGACAUCAUCAUUCUGGGACACGCAUCAGGCAAGGUGACAUUCCUGUACUUUAGGUUUCCCAAGCGACCGGAUACUUAUUCGUGGCGAGGCUGA